AUGAUUCAGCUUGCCUUCUUUUCGAGCAAAUACAUCUUCCAAGGGAAGGAGUCGGAGAUUGGAUCGGUUGUCGUGGGGGACACUUGCUCGCGAGCUUAA